AUGUCUUAAGAAACCAUGAACGGUCUUUUAUAAUUCAUAAAAGACAUCCGCUAAUGCAAGAACAAAGAAUAAGAAUAAUCGUUAGUAGCUAAAGAAUUGGCUAAAAUAAGAAACAAAUUCGAAAAUAAAGGAAUAUCAGGUUAUUAGCGCAAAAAAUAUGUAUGGAAAAUGCUUUAUAUGUACAUCUUAGGUUAUGAAAUUGAUUUCGGACAUUUCUAAGCUGCAAAUUUAAUAAAUUCCUCAAAAUUUUCUGAAAAAUAUACUGGAUAUAUAGCUACAGGCAUACUAGUAAAAGAUUCAGUUAAAGAUUCUCAAAAUGGAGAUUCUUAGAUAUACAAAGCUAUUUCUUAAGCAAUAAAAUAAGACUUACAAAGCACAAAUGAAAUAAACUAAUGUUUAGCAAUUUCUAUGAUAGGUGCAUUAGCUCCAAGGGAAUUAACAGAAUAAUUAGAUUCUGAAAUUAUUAGAUUAGCUUUAGGAGAAAGAACAUGUUCAGUAAAUGCAAGAAAAAAAGCAAUUUUGUGUUUGCUUAGAAUGUAUAGAAAAUAUAAUGAAAAAUAUGAUCCCACUAAAUGGGUUCCUGCAAUAGUAAAGAUGUUUGAUGGAAAAAUUAGUUCAUAAAGUUUCCUUAAUGCAGCUUCUUCUCUUCUUUUAGGAGUCGCUUAAAUGACUUCUGCUAGUCUUUUUGAAGAAGUAGUACCUAGGAUAGUGAAAUUAUUAGGAAAGUUAGUAAUAAAUAAGGAAUGUUCAGAAGAUUAUAAAUAUUAUGGAUGUCCAAAUCCAUGGUUAUAGGUCAAAUUAUUAAAAAUAUUGAGUCUAUUUAACAUUCCUAAUGAUGAAAGUGUGAAAAAAAUAAUCAUGGAAGUUCUCAAAUUAUUAAUAAAUGUUGAUAUAACAAAAAGUGUGAAUAGAAACAAUGUUCAACAUGGUAUUUUGUUCGAAGCAACGUCCUUAAUAAUUCAAUACGGCGACAAUUUUCCAAAAAAAAAGAUGGAUGAUGUUAUAAAAAAGCUCGGAGUAUUUGUUUCAGUUCGAGAACCAAAUUUCAAAUACUUAGGACUAGAAGUAAUGUGCAAGGUAGUACAUGAUAAUGAAGAACUAGUCGAAAAACAUCUAUCUACAAUAUUAAAAAGUCUCAAAAGUAACGAUAUUUCGAUUAAAAGAAGAGCUUUAGACUUACUUUAUUUGAUGUGCACUUAAAAUACUGCAAAAAAAAUAGUUGAAGAAUUACUUGCUUAUGCAGAAGAAAAAGUAGAUUUAUUAAUAAGGGAAGAAUUAGUACUUAAAAUAGCCAUUUUAGCUGAAAAAUAUGCCGAUAAUUUAAUUUGGUAUAUCGAUUGUAUAAUAAAACUGAUUACUUCUUCAGGUGAUUACGUUACAGAUGAUAUUUGGUUUCGAGUUAUUUAAAUGAUUGUCGGCUUUGGAAAAGAAUCCAAUCCUGAAUUGCAAAAACAUGCUGCUUUGAGGCUAUUUUAAAGCAUAAAUAUACCUCAUGCACAUGAAAAUUUAGUUCGAAUAGGCGCUUUUGUGAUUUCGGAGUAUUCCAAUUUAUUAGUAGAUGCAGGAAAGGAUCCUUAGAGGAUUUUCGAUGUUUUGAACAGACAUUAUACACUUUCAUCGGAAAAAGGAAGACAAAUGUUACUUAAUGCAUACGCAAAAUUAGCUGCUAGAUAUCCUAAUCUUUCAGGUAUUAUUUAAAGUAUUUUUGAAACUGCUUCUGAACAUUUUGAUCCUGAUUUAUAAUAAAGAGGAGUUGAAUAUAAUGCAUUACUUUAAUAAAGUUAAUAAAUUUAAUAGCUAGUUUAUAGUAAAUAGCCACCUUAUUCAGUAGAUAUAUAAGGAGAUAAUCCAUUAAUAAAACGUAUUUAUAAAUUAAAAAUGGGUUCUAAAAAAGAAUAACAAGAUCCUACAGUAGCUUUAGAAAAUCAAAGAAGAGCUCAAGAAGCUGUUUAGUUUUUAACAAAGGGAGGUGGUGCAAGCACUUCUAUGAAUUAAAUGACUCCUUAGGCCAGAUUACCUUUAGAAAAGCAUAUUGAAAAUUUAAAAAAUAAUGUUUUAUAUGACAUGAAUCCUAAUAGUAUAGUAACAUAGGGGGUUAAUUUAGUAGCUAUUCCUAUUGCUUUAAAAACUAUAGCUAAUAUAAAUAAUAUGAAUGAAAUAAAAAAUUUAUUGCCAACUAAUAUGGGAAUAGUAUAUUAGAGUUCAGAAUUAUAAGUUUAAUAUAAGAGUGAUUAUUAAUAACAUAUGGGCAAAAUCGCAAUGUAAUUCGAAAGUAAAAUCGGGAAAAUGGAAAAUGUGACUUUUUCUAUUACCAAUAAUGAAAGUAAUGGAAUGGAGUUUAACAUUUCGCCUAUUAAAUAUGAUGAAAAUCCCCAAAUUAUGAUGCAAGCUAUGAGUACAGAGCCUAGAGUGUUUUUCCCAUAAGCUAUUUUAUAAUAUUCGGUUGGGGGAUAAGCGAAAAAAGUGGAAUUCCAUUUACCUAUAUUUACAAAUAAAUUCAUUUAAAGAGUUGAAAUGCCUUAAGAAGCUUUUGAUAAAUUUUGGAAAAAUUAUUCUUCAGAUUAGGCUUAUAAAUUAGACUGCUUUAUCCCUAACCCGGCACCUUUAAAUGUUCCUAUUCAUGAAGUUUUAAAGAAGGCCGGAGGGCUUUUGAGUAAUGUGGUUAGUCUUAAAGUUAUGGGAUUGCCGGAUAUGAAUAGAUUGAGUUUAAUUAAUGGAGUUGGAUAGUUUGUUUAUAAGGAUGUGGAAAAUAAUAGUGUAAAGAAUUUACCAAUUAUGGUUUAAAUUGAAGGUAAUGACGCUUAUAAAGAGCAUUUAAGAAUUUCUUUGAGAGGAUAAGGAAGUGCUUUUCCGAUUUCGAAUAUAUAUUAGAUUAUUUCUAAUUAUAUGGGAAUGGAUAAUUGA